AGUAGAGCGAGCAGCAGGCGCACUACGAGAUCAAGUGUGGGAGUGUGUGUGUGUUUGUUUGUGUGUCUCAGGGAGAGAGGGGGGGAGAGGCUCGCUGGAUCACCACUGUAUUGUGAAGCGAGUAGUGUGUGUGAUCUGAAGUAACGCGGAGGGAGGAAGAGGGGAGGUGUUUGCUCAGAGGAGUGACAGGGAAAAGUCCAGAGGAGUAGGAGCGAGUGUUGGGAGGAAGGUUAAAGGGACUGAGAGAAGCCCCUUCUCCACCUUUCCCCCAGAGAGCAGGAGGUGAACGGCCGGUAAGCAAACAUUAAUGUCACACGUCCCCAGCGUUGAUCAGACAGAGCUUGUCCUGGACCCACGGAUACACACUCAGCCGCACAACGCGCUUUCCACUCACUCAUGCUCAUCACUCCCGCCAGACGCGAGGGCCACGCUGUCACAGCCAGAGGAGCGGAGGAGAGAGCAAGAGGACACUAGCACCGGCAGGGUUUUUUCUUUUUCUUCCCUUUUUGAAAUAAAAGGCAUCACUGGAUUUCUUUUUCGUUUUUUUCUUUCAAAACCCUGAAAUCAGAGUCCUGACCUUUUCCAAGCACCCCCCCUCCCCCCCUCUGCCCAAGGAGCAAAGAUGAGCUGCAGGAGAAGGUGCAAGCGAGAGAUCUUCAAGUUCGCACAGUACCUGUUCAGGUUCAUCACGGGCACGCUCAACACCGACAGCGUUGAAGAUGAGCUUGAACUAUCCGCAGUCCGCCAUCGCCCCGAGGGCCUGGAGCAGCUCGAAGCCCAGACCCGUUUCUCCCGCAAGGAGCUGCAGAUCCUUUACCGCGGCUUCAAGAACGAGUGCCCCAGCGGAGUCGUCAACGAAGACACGUUCAAGGACAUCUACUCGCAGUUCUUCCCACAAGGAGACGCCUCCACGUACGCACAUUUCCUGUUCAAUGCAUUUGACACGGAUCACAACGGCUCUGUUAGUUUUGAGGAUUUCGUCAUGGGCCUCUCUAUCCUUUUGCGAGGCACCGUCCAGGAAAAGCUCAACUGGGCUUUCAACCUCUACGAUAUCAACAAAGACGGAUAUAUCACCAAAGAGGAAAUGCUGGACAUCAUGAAGGCCAUCUACGACAUGAUGGGGAAAUGCACGUACCCCGCCCUCAGGGAGGAGACGCCUCGUCAGCACGUGGAAGUUUUCUUUCAGAAGAUGGAUAAGAAUAAAGACGGAGUGGUAACCAUAGACGAGUUCAUCGACUGCUGCCAAAAUGAUGAAAACAUCAUGAGAUCAAUGCACCUCUUUGAAAACGUUCUCUAGCUUUCGGCCGAGCGUCGGAGAACAACACCAUCUUUAGCUCGGCCCAAUAACUGACUUGGACUCGUACUGUGUACAGUGUGCUAUGCAGAACCUUUGAUCAUAGACUAAGCUGUUGUCCACGACUGGGGGGCCAUGGGCAGGAGCACGCUGGGGAACACUCUGGAAUCCAGUCGCCUUUUCCGAACGCGAUAUUGGAAAAAUUAACGACGAAAAAAGUUAAUUGAAAGGACAGAAAAAAAUAACGGUUUUCUGCAGCUCCGGUUUGAAAAUUUCACUUCAAGGUUUAUUUCCACCAUCUGUCUCCGGAGUCGUGUUUGUUUCUUUCUGUUUGCCGUCUGUAAACUGUGUUAGCCUUCAAUGUUGGAAACACACUGGGAAUAAGGAGGGUCUGGGCUGGUUUUCUUUUCCGUCGCAGCUUUGACUUGUUUUAUGUGCUGCCAAGUGAAAUCACUGUGACUUUUAACGGCAUCACCAGAAAAAAGAGGAAAAACAAACAGGAAAUCAUGUUUCAACAUUCCAGACUGGGGGUUUGAUUCCAGAGUGUUCCUACGCUUUGCUCUUUUGAAGGAAAAAAACACACAUUGUACCAUUUUAAAAUUGUAUAUACUAUAGGUAAUAUAUAUAUAUGAACUCUAUGAGAAACUUUAGUUCAUGUUUACUUGCCAACGAGGAUGAGACGACACGAGGACACUGAUGUCAAAAUCGGACCAUGACGCGGGCGGUUUGUCCACAGAAGCACACCGGUAGCUCCAUUUACCCAUGAGUAUAAAAUCGGGCGGGUUAAAUAAAUGCUGCUUCCAGUGUAUUUCAUUUCACCCUGUGUAUGUAUAUGAUCUGUAAAGUAAACCAUCUAUCAUUUUUUUUUUUUUUAUUUCAGUUUCUGAAGCACUGAGAGGAGUUUACACUGAGAGGAGUGUCCGAGGUUAUUUAUAUGGUGUUUUGGCCGUUGUUUAAAAAAACACUGUCAGUUGUACGGUAUUCAAAUGAAAAUUCACUUUUCACAUAAUUCACUGUUUUUCAUAAGACAAACAGCAGCGAGGUUCGGUUGGUGGGUACAAACUAUUUUGCUCGUCAUGUUCUGGGUUCCUGCUGCUUUCCAACUCUCCUGUGGGCUCGGGUCCAGCUCCCCCUGAACCCCGACCAUUCAGCCUGAUUGGUUCCUGCUGCCUUUGAUUAAAGCAUUGAUUGGCCCCAAAUGUGUGCAAAACAAAAGGCAUGCUGGGCAGGAGUUCACCGACUCGCUCAUGGGAAACUACUGAGGUACUGCCAACUGCAAGUGUCUGGAUGUAAUGUGAGUAAUGAGUGUUUCUGGCUGCGGCCGCAAAUCUGAGUUACACCUGAUAAUCAGUUUGAUGCAUUUGACAGUUUAUCAUGUUGUUUUUCAUCAUUACACUGUAUGAGCAGAAAUCGGAGUCACAAACUUAAAGGAAAGUCAUGUUGGUUAAUUUAUUCAGCAAAGAAAAUGGCAGGUUCUUCCCAUUUGUAUUCUUUUUAACUCGUGUUUCCCGGAGAUGAGAUGAUGUGUAUAUUUCCAUCAAGAAAUAGCAUCGAACCUGACUUUCUGUUUAUUUGUGUUUGUGUGCCUUGCUGUUUGUAAAACUGUAAGUUCAUGUUUUUAUUCUCGGUACGUAACUGUAUUAAAAAUAGGGGGGGAUACAAAUCACUUUUAAAACAUCCCGGCGGAUGCAGAUACUAUUUUCUGAAAAAGUAAAUUGUAGGACAUUUUUACAUCUCUUCUGUAAAUAGGAUCCGAAGCAUCCGAGGCGCUGGUCACACACUUUGGUGUUUGUCUUAGAGAAUAUUUUGUAGUACUGUGAUAGGUGGGAAAACACAGUAUUUAUUCAUGUAAAUGGACAAAACAUCUGUCACGUUAAGAUCUCACAAGACCACAGUGAUCGGGCCGCAGCUUUUCCUUCGGCUGUGCAUUUCUUAUGAUGGCGCAUGUGGAAUUGUUGGGUUUGACUGAAAUUAAUCCUCGACUGUAUAUUCCGAAAUGUCUUUUGUAUGCUCGUCCAUGACCUUUUAGAAGUAGUUUAUUACCCAAUAAGAGCAGAGCAUGUGUGAGGAUGAAAAAGUGCAUUGUUCCUUUUUUUUUUGUGUCUGACUGAAGAGCGGUUGUCUGGUGCCCCCUUGUGGCGACAAGAAGAUGGCACACGCUGAGGCAAAAUAUUGCCAGUUGGACUGGAUUUAACAAACAAAACAAAAAUAAAUUCUACAUCUACAGA